AUUCUAAUAUUGGAAAGCUAGUUAAGUUAUCUACCCCUAUAUAAAAACAGUACAUCAAGCAACAAAAACAUCAGUAUUAAUAUUAUUCAUUCAUAUAGUAAGUAGGAGCACACGUUCAUCUUAAUCUUAGAUAAGAUGUCGAACCCCAUGGAGCUAAAUACCAACAUUGUAGGCAUUUACACAGCAACAACAAAGAAGAUAACUGAGCCACGAUUUUCACACAAGAUAUCAAUCCCCAAUAACCAAGCAUUAUUAGAUAAUGAUGAUGAUAAUCAUCAUUAUGGGAUUUUGCAAAAGCGAAUGCAUAUCAUUCUUUGUUACCAAAAGCAAAGUAAUGAAGAUUCUGGGUGGCAUCUUGGGGGAUGGAUCAAAGAAUCCUUAGGCCAUGCAUUGGUGGAUAACCCUAUUUUGGCUGGGAGACUCCGAAGAUCCGAAUCCGAUCAAGGAAGUUUAGAAAUUGUAUCAAAUGAUAGUGGUGUGAGAUGUGUUGAAGCAGAAUUGCCACUAAGUUUGGUAGAUUUUCUUCAGUUAAAGGAGAAGAACAAUGAAAUUGAAGACAAGCUUGUUUAUUGGAAUGAUGUUGAUGGAAGUUAUCCUCAAUUUUCUCCACUCUUCUAUAUUCAGGUGACAAACUUCCAAUGUGGGGGAUAUUCAGUUGGGAUAAGCUAUAACCUUUUCUUAGUUGACCCUUUGUCCAUGGCAGAGUUCCUCAACAGAUGGACAGAAAUUCAUAGAAGCAUGGCCUAUGAAAGUGAAGUUCCAAAACCACCUUUCUUCCAUACGGUUAACUUUAAGCAAAAUGAGUGCUCUUCAUCACUGAAACACUCAAUUAGCAGCAGUUUAACCUCCAAAACUAUGAUUUUCAACAUUUUUACAGAUGAGAAAUUACAUUCAGGGAAUGAAACUUGCAAAUAUUUUGUGUUGCUUUGCCUAGAGGAGGCAGAGAGCAAAUUUGGUAGCAAAAUUGGCAAAAUAAACUCUACUUUCACAUUAAUUAUCAAAGAACCAAAUGGUAAUACCAAAGUCGAAAAUUUGUCAAAACAAAGAAAUUUUGCAUUACCAAAAAACUUGGGGUAUGAUCUUAAUUCUGUAAGUUGGGAAGAUUUAAGCAUCAAUUAUGAAGUUGUUUUCCACAGGGAAAAUGCACCGAUUGAUGCUUCACAUUGGAUUGCUUGUGAUGCCCUUGAAGGAGUGGUCUUGGUUGUAAUUUCAUCCCCAAGUGAGGGCAAAUCUGGCGUAAAGGUUUACAUCACUGUACCUAUUGAUCAAAGAAUUUAAAUCUUAGGUUUUUUAAUACCCCGAUUACCCAGAUUAUUCAUCAUACACCAGGUGUAUUAUGUACAUAAUACAUCAAAGACUACUUGUACUCAUUUGUUUAUUUGGAACUCUCAUUUUUAGUGCAUUUUGCUCAUUUGAAUUAUUUCAAAUGAGCAAUGAGCAAAAAAAUAAUGUUUUAGGUGUAUCAUACUCAUGAUAUACCAAAAUGUAUGAAUAAAUUUGUACAUUGAUUACCUGUCUUACUUAA